UGCUUCCCAUGGGAUGGACAGGCAGUCUUCUGGAGACAGACACCAGCUUAGAGUUCAGAUGGGGCCUACAAAAACAACCCGGCCCGACCCGAGUCCAAGUGCUUUGUGUCUGAACCCUAUCAGACCUGAUUGAUUUACUUUGAUUACAGUCUGAAGUAAACCCGACAUAUAUUAGUGAAGAUUUAACAAGAUUUGUUACAGUCUGAUUAACUUCUGCACCCUACUUAUUUUCUUUAUUUCCUCAACAGGUAAACUAUAUAUCCUCCGUUAUAAUAAGUUAGUUGAUUGGUGUGGGCGGGACAGGGGCUCCCUGGCUCCUGGUCACAUGGAUGCCUGUGUGCCAGUGCGUUGCAUGGCAGGAAACUUUAGAGCUGACUGAAUUUUUCCUGGUCACACGAAGCUUCAGGAUAAGAUGACAGAAACUCCCCUAAAAGAAUGGAAGAGUGGUCUCUUUGACUGCUUUGAAGAUGUCAGUACUUGUUGCUAUGGCUUCUGGUGCUGCCCUUUCCUAACCUGCACUGUUUCAAGAAGAUUUGGAGAGCAGACUUGUCUGCCUGUAUGUGACAUGCUGACUUCUGCUACAGUUCUAAUGUGUGGGGUUCCUGUGAUUAUCCCCCCUGUAACGUUGUCUUUGAGGGCUUCCAUUCGUAACAAACGUGGAUUAAAGGGUUCCCUCUGCAACGACAUUUUAAUUUCCUGUUGCUGUAUCUGGUGCUCCUGGUGUCAGAUGCAUCGUGAGCUAAAGGAGGGAACGCCUCUCGUUAUUGUGGCGCAGCAGCCCCAGACGCUGCAGCCCCCAACUGUGAUCAACGUGCAGGCUAAUCCUAUCAUGAUGGUUAAUCAAAACUCUGCUCCACCUCCUGGUGGUUUUCAAAACCCUGCUCAAGGCCCUGUUGGGUUUCAAAACUCUCCUCAAAAUCCUGGUGGGUUUCAAAAUCCUCCUUCAUAUCCUGGUGGGUUUCAAAAUCUUCCUUCAUAUCCUGGUGGGUUUCAAAAUCUUCCUCCAAAUCCUGGUGGAUUUCAAAAACCUCUUUAAAAUCCUGGUGGGUUUCAAAAUCUUCCUCCACCUC